AUGCUGGCGCGUAUGGUCGCGCUGGUGUUCAGGGUUGAGCGUUGCUGCAGCAGCGCCAUGUUUACAAUGACGCGCGCGGCUUCCCCAGCCUCCCCAGCCUCCACUUCAGGCGUUUGCCAGCCACCAGCAAACGGAGCAAAGCUGCAUUCGUUGUUCGACACAUUCACCACCUGCGUCUGCUGGGUCCGCAUUCCACAGAGCCCGCCCAACAUGGCGCCCCACCCUGAACUCGACGCCAACACGCAGGCACAGGCACGCUCGCCUUUGGCUGUCCGCGCCCUGCACCUGGCCAAGUCCCUCACCAAGCGCGAUGACUACAAAGUCAUUGCAGCAGCGGGCUCGCGGCCAGCACAGGACCUGUCCGGCCCAGGGUUCCAGGUCCUAUUCGCCCUCAUUGCCGUGGGCAUGACCCUUACAGCCAUCUGGUUCUUCUUCUGGGCCAAAAACGGAGGGUUCAAGUGGAGGAAAGACGACUGGGAGGACUACAAAUCGACUGUUCUCCGCCGCAAGGGACCUGAUGGCAAGACACUGUCCAAUGCUACCAAGAGCACCAGGCUGGGAGGAGGCAGUGUUGUGCAUGGUGGCAGCUAUGGCGCCGAGAGCAGCGUUGGCUACACCGACGAGACCGGCACCAGCGCAGACAUGAGUGAGAUCCGUGAUGCUGAAGAGGGCAAGUCCCGCCACGGCCUGCGUGGUGGUGAUGGCAGACGCCACAAGAAGCAUCGCCGCGAUCAUACCAACGACUACAACGACCCUGACCUUGAUGGCUACCGCCACGAGAAGGCUGCCCGUGUUGGAGGCCUCAAUCGUCAGGCUGACGGCAUGUACACCGACUACUCGCCCACCGAACCCUCCGAUCUUGGCUCCAACGUCUCCGGAAAACCACUCGUCAAGAAAGAUAAGAGAGAUCCCAAGAAAGAAGCCAAAGAGAAGGAGCGCCGCGCCCGCGAACGCAUGAAGAACGCCAGAGCCGCCGAGAAAGAAGCCCUCAAGACCGCCGCCGCACAAGCCAAAGCCCGCAAGGAAGCUGAAAAGGCAGAAGCCAAGCGUGAAAAGGCCGACCAAAAGAAGGCAAAGAAAACUCGCUCUGAAGUUGGCUCGGAGAUGCCAGAGAUGGCUGAAGCCCGCACUGAAUACACGCGCGCCUUCACCGAGUACACCGCACCCUCUGAAUACGACCACUCUGAAGCUCGGGACUUUGCGCCAGCACCGCCCAAGUCUCCUGUUAAGGCUUCCUCGCCUGUCAAGUCUCCUCCACCUGUCAAGGCUUCUGCACCUGCCAAAGCCCCGUCCAACGCUCGCCGCGCACCCCCUUCGGCAGCAUACUCCUUCACGACCGGUGACGACGAUGCAAACACUGUCUACACCGGCGCAUACACUGAGGAUAGCCGCACAAAUGCCCGCUCUGCUCCUUCUGAAGCUGCCGAGUCUUCGUACUACUCCGACUACCGCCCCAAGGCUGAGCGCGCGCAGGCACGCCAACAAAGCCGCGACCGCACUUCGCAAUCCCGCCCUCGUCCUGCGGAAUCCCGUUCCCGCCCUACGUCGCAGUCACCGCAGAAGAAGCACCGCAGCUCCAGGCCUGAAAACUCUUAUGCGCCGUCUGACAUCUUCACAACUGCCAACGGAAACGCACAAGGCCACAUGUCUUACCCGUGCCACAUUCCUGGACUGAGCCAGGCGGGCACCGUUGUGCCGAAUGAGAGCGUAAGCCAGGUUGGCGCACCGAGCCACCGCCGGGAGCGUGAGCGCGGUGGCCGCGACGUCAUGGCAGGCUACAGGCGGGGAGGAGAGCGCGGGCGACGCGACUCGUUGAGCGACAGCGAUUCGUAG